AUCAACAAAUAAAUGGAUUGAAACUCAACUGAGGCCUAACUGGAAUAUACAAAAUUAAUUAUUAAUUGUGUGUCUUUUAUUUUUUUUUAAUUAUUUAAUUAUUUUUAUGUGAUACAAGUUGUUCGUUAUGUACAAACCAAAGUGUAUUAAUAGUUUUUUCUUUCUCUCCGCUUGUUUAUUAACUUUGCCUUUCACCUUCUUCUUGUACUAAAAGAAAAGGCAGAACAACAAAUUCUAUUCCAUAGCAUUUGGUCCAGUUUAUUUUCUUCUUGUUUCUCCUUCUUCUCCAAUCGAAUCUGAAUGAAAAGCAACAUCAAUGUUGUAGACUAAUGAUUCAAUCUUCCAUUUUUUUCCUUGUUCUAUUCUACACCUAAUCUAUCUAUCUCUAUUUCUCCCCUCUCUCUUUUUUUUCUUCUUUUUUCUCUCUUUCCUCCUCUUUCUUUUUUUCUCCUUUUUCUUUUCUCUAUCUUCUCUAUCUCUCUUUUAUCUGACUGAUAUCCUUUUUAGGUAUGCUUGAAGGUAGGAGACUAAAAGACCGUAAAAGUCCAGGCCAAUUUGAGGCCAGAGGAAAUAUUGAUAAUCGUAACAGACAAAUCCGUAAUGACGGAAGUACUCGUAAUCCCAAUUCAAUUGGAUUAGCAAAGGUUACCACUACAAGAAUUCCAAAGAAAAUUGAUACACCAACAUCAGCUCCUCCCGUAGUAGUGUCAUCAUCUUCUUCAUCUCAUCAUCAACAACCUCUAUCCGUUCCAAUAUCAUCAACAUUAUCAUCAUUAGUAUCAUCUCCAUGUACCACCACCAAUGCAACCACAACCACUACAGCAACAACAACAACAACAACAACUGAACUUAAACCAGAGAUUUAUUUUUUAAUUCGUGAACAUGCCAAGACUUUAGAGGCCAUCAGUAAAAUUACCAAUCGUGUGGAUAAACUUGAGCACAAAAUUGAAGAUAUCUGUCGAAAGGUUAAACAAAUUGACAGAUAUAACAAUGAAAUUAGAGGUGGAGUAAAUUCUGGAAUAAAAAAAGGUGAAUCCUCCACAUCCUCUGGUAUAACACCUAACGCUUUAAGCGACGACAGUGGAGUUGAAUAUAGUCGGACAACAAAUGGAACUGGUCACGAUGAUGAUGAGCUUUUAUCCCUGUUAAAUCAAAUAACCAAAUUCUCUGACUCAAUUAAACAAACUCUUACUCAACCUAAUUGUAACCUUCACAGUCCAACGAUUCCCAGGCCUGAUCAUUAUCUUCAUCACCCUCCUCCACCUCAUCCUCCCCAUUCAACUCCUCCUCAUCAUCCUACUCAUAUUCAUCCUCCUACACAUCCUCUUCCUCAUCAUCACCUAAUUGCUCCAACCGAAACUGGUUCAAUGGUUCUUGGUAUAACUGGUAGUACAUCAUCAACCGCCUCAUCAACUUUGAAACAAUCUGUUCACAAUAAUAUCGAUGGUGGUUUUCAUCGCCGUCAUCAAUUAUCCCAACCACUACCUCCUGGACCACCACCACAACCUCCACCAUCUUCAGCAACCAGGAAAAAUUUAUCUUCUUCAAUGGAUCAUUCCCGACUGAACGACUGUACUGACCCAACAUCAGCGCCCCAGUCUUUCAGUGCCUUACUAUUUGAGUCAAAUGUUGAACACUUUCUGGCCAACCUCGAUUUCGUUCCUGAGCCAGUUCGAACUAGUGAUUACUAUUAUCCGCCCUCAAUGCCUAUCUCUCCACCUUCGCCUCCUAAUCAACAUCAUCACCAUCACCAUCAUCAUCAACAUUCACACCAACAUCAACAUCAUCAACCUGUUAAAUCACACCCGAUUCCAGCUAGUCGUCUAUUGACUGAAACAUUACUUCAUCCGCACGAACAACCUGAUCAGCAAUGAAAAUCCAAUUAAUUAACUACUUCUGUAUAAAGAAACAAUGACGUCUGAGCGAGUGUAUAUUCAGUGAAACAAAAAGUUCGAUAUUUUUGUCUAUUUACCUUCUUUCUCUUUUACUAUCUAUUUUCUUUCUUCUCUUCUCUUCUCUUUCCUUUCCACUUUCCAUUUCCUGUCUCUUUCUUUUCUCUCUUUCUAUCCAAACAGUGAAUGUCAAUGUGAUUAAAUAUACACAAGAGUAUAAUUUGAACUUUGUUUAGGUGAUUGGCUUAAAUGCGUAAAUGAUUUUGCCAGAAAUUGUCACUUAAAUGAAUCUGCCUAAAAAAAUGGAUCCAUCCUCAUCAUCCCCACCCAACAUUUGCUUUUAAUUAGUUUUAUCUAAUCAUUACCAACAACAAAAACUACAACAACAACAUCAUCAACCUUUGAUUAUUAAGAAGCUGUAAGAGCUAAAUGAAAUUGAUCUUGAUGAUACCAUAAAGUGAUAUUAUCACAGUAAUUGAAGGAUAUCAUGAAGGAUGAUACAUUUUAAAUCCAAGGAUAAACAAGAUGAAGAUGACUAAGAUAUAAAGAUGAUACAUAUAUCUAACUUGUAACAUUAUGAAUGGGAAAAUAUAUAAUUGAACAAUCAACAACACCACCAAUCACCACCAUCAGCAAUAAGAAAUCAACUGAUCAACUAAUCAAUUCAAUUAUUAUUUUUAGCAUCAAAUGUUAAUUGUUUGUUUUCUGUUUACCAAUAUUCUAAAUCAAAUUCAACAACAUUCAUUUAGUGAUUGAUAAUCCAAUCAAUUACCACACACCAGCAUCCCAAUGAUUUAAUUGUAAUGAUUUAAUCACCCGAUGAGCCGCUAACGUUAUGUUUACAUUUGAAAUGUCUUAACCCUCACAUCACCUCUUUGACUUUCUCUUUCUCUCUCCCUCUCCCUCUCCCUCUAUCCCGAACUUAUCUUCUCUUUCUUUUCUAAUAUCGAACUUGUUUGGAUCAGAACAUGGACGCAAAAAUUAUGGACCAAAAAGUGUACAGUUAUCGCUACGAACUCGCAUUUGAAUUUACCUUAAAAAAGUCGUUUUCGUCCUCGACCUGAACACUAACUCGUUUUUGUUAUCGUUUGAAGAGACAAAAAUUGGUAACAAAAAGUGUUGAACGUUUAAAAAGUUUUCGCUGCGCUCAGACAAUUAAUUUCAUUUACUGUUAAAUAAUAAUAAUAUUAUUAUAAUAAAAAAAGAUAUCUAAACAACAAUCAAUCAAAUUAAAUAACAAAAUUAAAAUGAUGCAUUAAUUUUAAAAAACAA